AUGAGCUUCGGAUUCGGCGUCGGCGACUUCAUCGCCGUCUUAGACAAGGCGAAACUAUAUCGUGAGCGGUUUGCUGAUGCGCCCGAUCACUUCGACUCCCUCAGCCGCGAGAUCGAGUCCCUCGCCUCCAUCCUCGAGUAUAUUGGCAGCGUCGAAGAGCAACUCGAAGAUACCGAGAAGGAACAGCUGGCGCCGGCGAUCAAAGAGUCCGUCAAGCUCUUGGGUGAGCUGGAGAAAAUCCACAAUGAGAACACCAGCUUGGACCGGUCGUUGAGUACCACGAAGUUGGCCGCUUUGAAGCCUCGAGCAAUUUGGAGCCGCCUGAGACUAAAGCCCGAAGAUGUCCAAAAGCUUCGCUUGAGGAUCAGUCUGAAUGUGGCAUUUCUCGGUGCCAUCAAAGGCUUCAGAGACAGUGAAGCCAUACAUGCCACGAAACGAGUUGUAGUUUCUAUGCAUGACGACCAAUCCAGCCGGCAGCGGAGAGAGAUUCUUGACUGGUUGACUAUGACGGAUUACGCGAGCCAGCAGCGAGACCACCUGUCGCGCAGACAUGCCGGCACCAAUGAAUGGCUCCUAGACUCUGAAGAGUUUAAGUCCUGGAUAUCAGGAAAGAGCAAGACCCUGCUCUGCCCGGGAAUGCCGGGGGCAGGGAAGACUGUCAUGGCAUCCACCGUUGUGGACGAGCUCCUGCGCCAGUUCCAAGACGAUCCUGACGUCGGCGUGGCCUACAUAUACUGCAACUUCAAGGACCAAGAGAGACAAAAUCACCACGAUCUCAUCGCCAGCCUAGCGAAACAACUUGCGCAAUCUCGUUCUUCAAUGCCGAGAAGCUUGAAAGAAAUGUACGAGAUCCAUCAGAUGAGCAGAACUCCCAUGUCUCUUCAGGAGACUUCCGAUUUGCUUCAAGCUAUCGCAUCGUCCUACCGGAGACUUUUCGUCAUCAUUGAUGCCCUCGAUGAAUGUGAAACGAAGAGUCGCCGAGCACUCUUGUCGGAAGUUUUCCGAUUGCAACAGCGGCAGAACACCAACAUCUUGGCAACAACGAGGCAAAUACCCGAAAUCAUCGAUUCUGACCAUUUCAAGGGCAGUGUCUCUGUGCAAGUUUCAGCUCUCGACGCCGAUGUAUCAAGAUAUAUUUCGAGUCGCAUACCCGAUAUGCAGAGCUUUGUUCAAAAACGUAGCGAGCUUCAAGAGGAGAUCAAAAGAGGCAUUUUGGGAAGCAUCAAUGGGAUGUAA